AUGCUCGGGCCGGGCGACGCCCUCGUCUUCAAAGCGAGCGAGCUGUGCCAUGGCGGCGACGGCCUCGGACAGGGCGAGGACAUGAGGUGCGCGCUCUUCUUCUACGUGGGACACGGCGUGACGGAGGAUGUCGUCGAGCAAAGCUUCGAGUGCGAGUGGAGGUCGCUGAAGCAGUGGGCGCAAGCCCUGCCCAUGGAGGGGUUGGUGGCGGCGCUGCGGAAGCUCGAGGUCGGGAAGGUGGGCGAGGUCGUCGCCGAGCUACAUGGCCGCUUGCUCACGGGGGACGCGGCGCAGCGGCCCAGGCUCGAGGCGGAGGCUGCGGCGACGGUCCUGCGCGGCCUCAGGAAGGCGGUCUGUUUUGCGGAGGGCGCGCUGUACGUGUGCGAUUGGGCACACCGCGCCAUCCUCUGCCGCGGCUCGGACGGUGUGCUCUCCGAGUUUGUGCGCGAGUACGAGGGCAGGGACCUCCUCGGCCCGUCGGGGAUGACGACCGACGCCAAAGGCAACAUCUACUUCACGGACUCCGGGCCGCUAGGCGAGACGACGCUGGGCGAGCGCGGCGGGUCUGUCUUCUCCAUCUCCCGAGACGGGCAGCUGCUGCAGCCACUCGCGCUGGGGACGCUCUCCCACCCGUGCGGCCUCGCGCUCGCGCCGCGCGGCGGCGCCCUCUACGUGUGUGAGCUGCUCGCCAAUCGCCUGCUCCGCUUUGUGCAGCGUCCGGCGGGGGUGUGGCACUGCUCAGUCUACUUCCAAUUCUCCGGAGGCCUCGGGCCGAGCGCUGUGGCGUGCGACGAGGACGGGCACGUCUACGUCGCCCUCUUCGACUUUGCCGGCCACGGCAGUGGCCAAGGGCGCGUGGCGGUGCUCUCGCCGCAAGGCACGCUGGUCAAGGAGAUUGCCUGCCCUGGCGGCGCAGAAGUGAGCGGGAUCGCCCUCGACCCGGCGGGCGGCGCGCUGAUCGUCACCGAUGCGUCCACCAGCCGCGUGCACAGGCUGGCGAUUUGA